CGCGGCAGUGACUCCGACUUUCACAAUUACGUAAGCACUUGAACGCUGUGGCUGCCUAAUAACAGAGACCUGUGCCUUUUAUAUUACAAUGGAUACUACAGUCACAAAGGAAACUGAGAAGCACUGCGUCCUGUGCUGCCAAGACGUCGACAUCUUCGCCUUGGGAAAAUGCGACCACCCGGUGUGCUACCGCUGCUCCACCAAGAUGAGGGUGCUGUGCGAGCAGAAGUACUGUGCCGUCUGCCGGGAGGAGCUCGACAAGGUGAUCUUCGUGAAAAAGCUUGAGGCCUUCUCAGCUCUUCCCUACCAACAGUUCCCCUGUGAGAAGAAGCAUGACAUCUAUUUUUGUGAUGAGAGAACCUAUGCCCAGUACAGGCAUCUUCUGUUGCCUGAGUGCCUCCGCUGUUCAGAGCCUAAGGUCUUCUCCAGGUUCGAGGAGCUGGAGCAGCACAUGAGGAAGCAGCACGAGCUUUUCUGUUGCAAACUCUGCACAAAACAUUUGAAGAUUUUCUCACACGAGCGUAAGUGGUACAACCGAAAGGAACUGGCACGUCACAGAGCACAUGGGGACCCAGACGACACCAGUCACAGAGGACACCCGCUCUGCAAGUUCUGUGAUGAACGUUACCUUGACAAUGAUGAGCUGCUUAAACACUUGCGCAGAGACCACUACUUCUGCCAUUUCUGUGAUGCAGAUGGUUCCCAGGAAUAUUACAGUGAUUACAAAUACCUGAGUGAGCACUUCAGAGAAAGUCACUAUUUGUGCGAGGAAGGCCGUUGUGCCACAGAACAGUUUACUCAUGCAUUCCGCACUGAGAUCGACUACAAAGCUCACAAGGCUGCAGCACACAGCAAAAACCGAGCAGAGGCUCGUCAAAAUCGCCACAUCGAUCUGCAGUUCAACUAUGCCCCAAGACAACAGAGGAGAAAUGAAGGUUUGGUAACAGGUGAGGACUAUGAGGAGGUACGUCAGAAUCGGGGAGGAAGAGGGAGGCCUCAGGGGGGACAGAAGAGCUGGAGGUAUUCCCGAGAGGAAGAGGACAGGGAUGUGGCUGCUGCAAUGAGAGCAUCUAUGGCCAUGCGUAGACAAGAGGAGAGAGGAGCAGUGCAGGAGAGAAGCGCUCCCAAACACUGCCGAGAAGAGAGAACAGAGAGAGCAGAACCAGAAGAGCCCAGACACAGGACAGGACCAAUGUCCAGCAAACCUCCAGUAAGAACCAUGAAGAGCACAAAUCCAGGGGAAGAAGAUGACUUCCCAGCAUUGGGAGCCACUGCCGCUGCAUCCAGUGUAAAGCCAGCUCCUGCGAUGGGAGCAGCAGCUCGUGGUGCUCUGAAGGAAGACGACUUCCCCAGUUUGACAGUUGCUGCUGUUUCAACCCCCAUGACCCCAGCUUACUCUGCCCAACCCAAGAAGAGCUCCUCUUUCCAGGACGAGGAUUUCCCUGCUCUUGUUUCCAAAGUCCGCCCCCUCAAACCUACAGCAGGCACAAACUCUGCUUGGACCAGCCAUACUGCUGCAGCUAAACCCAACCCCAAUCCCCCAGCUUCCUCCAGACCUACCCCUCCCCUCUCAUCUUCAUCAUCAGUCCCUCAGCUCCUCUCCUCCUCCUCCACCUCAUCAUCCUCCAGGAGAAAAAAGAAAGUAGGGGAGAAUGGGAAAUCUGCACCAACCCGGUCUCCUCCUUCAUCUGACGAUGAUGUUGGAGGACUGACACAACAGGAGUUCCGCUCAGUGCCAACCAUGUUAGAUAUCUCCUCUCUACUUACUGUUAAAGGAAGCAGCAGCAGCAGCAAACCCUCCACCGCAGCCCCACCCCCCAUAAACUCGACCACCAACAUUGACCUCCUUACCUCUAAAGCCAGCAAGAAGAAAAAACAGCAGAAGAACACAACAACUCCUUCCACAUUUGUGUCUUCGGUGACAGAUACGGCACAAAUCGCAAAAACGAUUCCAGCGGAAACAACAGCACAAAAGGAGAAUGUUCCUGAGAAAACUUGGAACAAACCUCUGUCUGGUGUUGUGACAGCAGCCUCUAGUAGUGGAUUAGCUAAUGGCUACUCUGAGAAAUCACCAUCCAUUAGCAAGAAGACUGUUGUUGAAAACACAGAUCCUCCAUUUGAACAGGAGGAAGAGUUUCCUGCCCUCAUGACCAAGAACCCACCACCAGGCUUCAAGACUUCCUUCCCAAUGAAGACCUCAGCUCCUUCUCCACCCGCCACCGUGCCCCCACCUCCACCCGGUCUGGGGGUCUCAGCCACAAAGCCUCCACCAGGCUUCACCGGGAUCCCUCUCAACAGCAAUGUGGUGGAACCUCCGCCGUCUGGGAUGAACAUGUCCUCUGAGCUGUUAGGGGGUUACCGAGUACCAGAGGACUUCCAGCAGAGGAACUUGGCACUGAUCCAGUCAAUUAGAAAGUACCUCCACAACGAUGAGUCGAAGUUCAACCAGUUCAAAAACUACUCUGCACAGUUCAGACAGGGUGUCAUAUCAGCCGCCCAGUACCACCGCAGCUGCAAGGACCUACUAGGAGAGGACUUCAACCGCAUCUUCAACGAGCUGCUGGUGCUGUUGCCGGACACUGGGAAGCAGCAGGAGCUCCUGACUGCCCACGGAGACUGCAAGGCACUGGAGAAACAGUCAGGAGCUGGAGGAGGAAAGAAAAACAAGAACAAGAAGAAUGCCUGGCAGAGUCCUACUAAUAUCACUAAUGCUGCUGCUGAGCUGGACUGCCAGGUGUGUCCCACUUGUAGACAGGUGCUGGCCCCCAAAGACUUCAACUCCCACAAGACCCUCCACAUCAGGGAGAGCGAGGAGUUCCCCUCCUUGCAGUCAAUUAGUCGUAUCAUCAGCUAGCCCGUGGCUCUUCUCCUGCUCUGCCUGCCGUUGGUACUUAUGGGGUGGGUUUUCCGUGGCUCUCACAGCCCUGUCAAAGCCCUGCAGCCUGUUUCCUGGGCAGCCACAUCCCAGAGGAGUUUUAGGCUUAUAUCUCAUAUUGAAGGUGACUUUAAAAAAGGUUUAUUUACUUUCUGAAGAUGAUUAUACUGAUAGUUUUGUGUGUGUGGUUAGACACACAGGGUUGCUCCAUUUCAGCUCUACUUUCAGUCAUGUCACUUAGUGGCGUCUCCAGCUGGCACUGGCUAACCCCAUUCAGUAAUUUAUUUAAAGAUGUGAGAGACAAGCUAUGGCUUUACUCGAAAUUUACAUUGCUUCCCAGUACAAAACUUAAUUUACUUUUUUUUUUUUUUUUUUUUUUUUUUUUUUUUACUUAUUUUGCUUUUAACUUUAACAGAAGAUAACAAAAAUGUCCUUUGUUAACAUCAGACGUGAUAGAAAUGUGUACGAGUCCCCAGAGGGCUGCUUGGCUAUCAUCAAUCAUAAAUAAACACAAACAUGUUCACGGUUCAGCUAUUUAGCUCCAUGUUUAUUUGAAUGUUAGCAGUUUGUUUUGUUGCAUCGAGUGGAAUGUUCCCUGUCAGAGAUGCCAGGUUGGAGGAUGAGUGACACAAAGAAGUAAAAAGGAUAGAUUUCUACUUUGAAUAUUUCCUAAUGUAUUCCACAUUCUGUUCACACAACUUACUUGCAUUUGAAUGUCUGGUUGAUUCCCUUUGGACCAUCAAGUUUGUUUGUUUUUUUUUCUUUUUUAAUUCUCCAUAUUUCCGUUCAUGCACUUAUUAAAGGACAGUUGAAAAUCCAGACACCUCAUGUUACCGGUAGCUCUGUUUUCAUUUCAUUCAUUAUGUUGUACAGAAUUACAGGUUAAAAAAACACUCCAGUGUCUGUAAUGAUGUUAGGAAAACAAAAAGCAAUGACCUCUCUGACCCCUGCUACACACUGGGCAUGUUUACUGUUUGUUAUGGGGGCUGGUUCUGUCUGUUGAUCUUCUCUCUCAGGACCCUUCGCUUGCACUGCUGCCCACCAGGGUGCCCACACCGUAUGCCCUGUGUGUAUGUUUGUGAAUGAGGUGUCUAUACAUCUUACAGCAGCUGACUCUAUUUUUUGUCCCGCUCUAAUAAAACUGCUGCUGUCA